AAUAGAGGAAUAAUACUUGCAUAGAAAUAAUAUUGGAUUUUUUAUAAAAGUUUUGGUACUUUUAUUAGUGUUUUAAGUAUGGCUAGGGUUAAGGCUUUGGGCUUUCUUGCUUUGCUUGUUUUGUCAACUCUUGUUAUGGUCUCAGAGGGUCGGGUGGCUCGAAAGGAUUUGGGCCUAGAUUUGGGUGGUGGUGUAGGAGUGGGUGUCGGUGCUGGGGUAGGCUUGGGCUUAGGAGGUGGAAGUGGUUCAGGGGCCGGUGCAGGAGCAGGUUCAGGAUCAGGCUCAGGGUCAAGAUCAAGUUCUAGUUCAAGCUCAAGUUCAGGUUCAACUUCCUCAGGUAAUGGUAAUGCAGGUUCAGAAGCAGGCUCAUACGCUGGAUCAAGAGCUGGUUCAGGUUCUGGUAGUCGAGGUGGAUCAAGCGAGGCAGGUUCAGAAGCAGGCUCAUAUGCUGGAUCAAGAGCUGGUUCUGGUUCCGGUAAUUAAUGGUCCUAGAUACGUAAGGAUAUCAUGUAGCUAUGGUGAAGGAGAUGGUAACUAAAUAUUACAUUAGAAAAAAUAAAUAAUAGCUUAUACUACUUUAAUUUGAAAUGAAAAAUAAAAUAAAGAAUAGACUACAUGAAGUCCUAUAUAUACUACGUAAUGUGUAUCUUGUUCUAGUUAAUUUGUAUUGUCGUCACUCGUGUAUUAGUUUAAAUCAAUCGAUGAAUAUAAGUAUGGUUUGUGUUUA